GAGUAGUUAUAAUCAAAACUGCAAUAGAUAUUUCACUGUUCCGGUUUCAUUAACGUUACUGCUACCGACGCCCGCCGUUUCAAUAAAUUUUAAUUUAUACACUUAUCAUUGACAAAAAACAAAAACAUUUGUAACAUUUUCGUUCCCCACCUAACGGUUACCAGCAGGUAAACGGUCCGCGGAAGAACGGCACAUAAACCGCCACCGUCGCCGCUUUGUGUAAUGAAGGGAACGGUCGCCUUUAACAAUCUUUGUUGUCCGUAUCAAUUGCCGCCGCCGUCGUCGUUGCGACCCGACAGCAACGACAAACAACGAGCAUCGCUACACGUCAAUCAGAUGUGUUUAUAUUAACAGUUACGAUUCCCGACCACCGCCGCUUAAUGUACAGACCAACGCACAAUACCAAUCUACAAUAUGACCUGAAAGUAGGCUACAAUGAUGGUCAUCAAAGGAUCAUGACAAUGAAUGGGGAAAUACCUAGUGUACCGAUAACAACUCUGGCAGGAAUUUCAAGUUUAACUGAUUUGUUACCUGAAAUGCCACUGCCAUCCCCAAUGCCACAAACAUUAGGAAACAAAUCUCUUUUGUUUCAUCCGCGGGUUGCUGAAGAAGCAGAUAUUUUACUAAGCCUUCGAGAUGACAUACUUGUACCUCAACUUAUUCAGUCGUUGAUAAAUACUUCAUCAGAUCACAUACAAUUGAAGGAGAAAUAUGUGUAUACUGAGCAUUAUAGUAACCAACAAAAUAUUCCUGAACUCUUAAGGGCUAUAUUGCAGCAAAAUGCCAAUGUAUUUAGAGGGCCCCAUAAUAAUCUACAACAGUUUCAAGAUAAAGAAAGUUUUCAAAAGACAGAACAUGAGAUGAAUAUUAUUAACAAUUUAGCAUCAAGUUUAUCAGAUCAACAAGAAAUACAUCAGCAUCAAGAAAUUAUGCAACAGUCUCAUCUAUUAAAUCAACUAGGACCUCAACAACAACCUGUUAUUGUCAGGUCACCUGCAUCAAAACUACCUAGAUUAACAUUAGAUAAUGAUGCUGAAAAAAUGUUGGCAGAUGUUGGUGUAUCAGAAAAUGACAAAGCUAAUGUUCAAAAAUUAGAGCAUGAAUUUUCUCAAUUAACAAAUAAUUAUGAAGCUUUUUUGAAUCAACCUACUAUAGCUUUAACACGACUAGAUCUUAGUGAACAUGUUAUCAAUAAAGGAACGUUACUUAAUAUGGAAGAAUUAACAGAAGAAAAUGAUUUUGGUUUAUCUCUUUCUGAAAAAAUACCAACAAACCAAGGUAAUACAAUUAAAGAAGAUGAUACAAAAGAUUUUGGAGUUUCUUUAACUGAAAGAAUAAAAAGAAGAAAAAGAGCAGUACAAUACUCUGAUGACAAAAACAGUAUUGAUGAAAAUGAAUACAAUGUUAAACCGAAAAUUCGUAAAAUUGAAAGAAAACUUGUACCUGUUGUCGAAAAGCUAUCAGUAGAAGAGUUGAUGGAAACCAAUACAUAUCAGAAGUUUAACAAAUGCAUGGAAAAAGUUUUUGAAAGCACUGAAGAAACUGAUAAUACACUUGACAUGGGAGAAGACGAUGUCCCACCAGAAGCAUUGAUUCCAAAAUAUGUAUUGCAAGAGCUCUGCAGUGAAUCUGCUAAAUUAAAAACUUUAGGGGCUAUGGAAUCUAUCCCAUCUAGUAAAAUAAUACGUCUGUUAAGUAUAUUAGAAAAAAACAUAAGAGAUGGUGCCAAAGUUUCACCAAUUGCAGACCCAGAAGAUGAUGAAUGUGAAAGAAAAUUAUGGAUGGAAUUAGCAAUGGAAAGAGUUAUGCGAGCAGUAGACGCAUCUCUUACUACUCUUUAUGUUUUAACUUCUCCAAAAAUGCAGAAAAAAGUGUAUUUAGAAGAUGUUAUUGAUAGAGUUGUUAUGUUUACGAAAUAUCAAUUGCAUAAUACAAUUUACCCUGCUUUUGAUCCUGUUUAUAGAAUUCAGAAGAGUAAUGAUAACUAUACUGGAAGUGCUCGUAAAAAAAGGGCUCAUCCAAAAGAAGUGCGAGACAAAAAUGUGCUAUCAUUAUAUUCUAAAUUGGCAGAAGUAGUUUCACUCUUAGCUGAACUUUUACAAAUACAAACUCUGACUGAUACAGCUGUACUUCAUACUUCUUCAAUGGCAGUUUCUCCAUUUUUUGUUGAAGAAAUUAGUGAACUUCAACUAUCUGCUUUAAAACUUGUUACGACGAUUUUUACAAAGUAUGACAAGCAUAGAAAAUUACUUUUAGAUGAUAUCCUCGCAUCUAUGGCUCGUUUACCAAGUUCUAAAAGAAGCUUAAAAUCGUAUAGAAUUAGUUCAGAAGAAUAUAUUCAAAUGUUAUCAGCACUUGUUCUGCAAUUAAUUCAGUGUAUUGUUAUAUUACCUCCUAAUUUAAAUGAAAAACAAUCAAACCAUGAUCCUGACACAUUAAUAAUUAAUAAAUUUAAAACUGCUCGAACUACAGCAUCAAGUUUUUUGCAUGUUUUUUUGUCUAAAUGUAGUAGUAAAAGUGAAGAAAUUGAUUAUCGUCCAAUAUUUGAAAAUUUUAUUCAAGAUUUGUUAACAACUGUAAAUAAACCUGAAUGGCCAGCAUCUGAACUUUUAUUAAGUGUACUUGGAAGAUUGCUUGUGGCUAACUUUGUCAAUAAAAACUUAGACAUGUCCUUAAGAGUUGCAUCACUUGAUUAUUUGGGAGUAGUAGCUGCAAGACUUAGGAAAGAUUCAGUUACUUCACACCUUAGAUUAAAAACUAUUGAUAGUAUAAUAAUGGACAUAAGGGCAGAAGAGCUUAAAGAUGAAGAUGGCAAUUUGACAGAAGAACCUCAGGAAGUUAAAGAUGACGAAGAAAGAACACAGUUUUUACAAAGAGUGCUUUUAGAUUAUUUGGCUAUAAGGAGUUUAUCUGAACCAGCUUUAAGACAUGCUAGGCAUUUCUAUUUAGCUCAAUGGUAUCAAGAUAAUAUAGAUGCUGUUAAACUGUCAUCUAACACAUCUAAAAGAAAAAAGAAAAGUUCACGUAAAAAAUAUGGGUCAGAUGAUGAAGAUGAGGGUGAAAGUAGUGAUUCAGCUGACGAAAUUGAUACACAAAAAGAUGAACAUAAAACAGCUGAGAAUAUUAAAAUUUGUGAAAUAAGAAAAGAGUAUUUACUUACCAAAAUCAAUCCAUAUAAUGAUGAAUCAACUCAAGUAAUGCAAACCUAUAUAGAUUAUGAUAGUGCUGAGUUAGUAGCUAGAUAUUUAGCAUCUAAAAGACCAUUUUCUCAAAGUUUUGAUACAUACCUUAAGCAUAUCAUCAAAGUUUUGACUGAAACUUCAGUGAAUAUUCGAACAAAAGCAAUGAAAUGUUUGACAAUGAUUGUUGAAGUUGAUCCAGGUGUUUUAGGGUUAAAAGAAAUGCACUUAGGUGUAAGUCACUCUUUCCUAGAUCAUUCAACUUCUGUUAGGGAAGCAGCUGUUGAUUUAGUUGGAAAAUUUGUUCUUAGUCGUCCAGAACUUAUUGAUAAGUAUUAUGAUAAAUUAUCAGAAAGAAUUUUAGACACUGGUGUCAGCGUAAGAAAACGAGUUAUUAAAAUAAUGAAAGAUAUAUGUACUGAAUGUCCAGACUAUCCCAAAAUUCCUGAGAUUUGCGUUAAAAUGAUAAGACGUGUAAAUGAUGAAGAUGGAAUCAAAAAAUUAGUUAUGGAAGUGUUUCAAAACAUGUGGUUUACUCCAGUACGAGAAAAACCAACACUUGAUACAAAAUCACUAUUACGAAAAGUAUUGAACAUAACUGAUGUUGUAGUGGCUUCAAAAGACUUAGGCUUGGAAUGGUUUGAACAGUUAUUGUUAAGUUUAUUUAAACCUAAAGAAGAUAAAGAUGACUCAGCAAAAGUUGCUACUGAACCACCAAAAGUAUUGAUUACAGCAUGUAAGCAAAUAGUUGAUUGUUUAGUAGAAAAUGUUGUUACGUUAGAUGGUGGAGGUGGUGGAACAUCACAGCAACUUGUAGCCUGUUUAACUACAUUAUAUUUGUUUGCAAAAAUUCGCCCUCAACUUUUAGCAAAUCAUUCUCUUACUCUACAACCAUAUUUAAGUUUAAAGUGUCAGACUCAAGGUGACUACCAAAUAAUUAGUUGUGUUGCUCGAACAUUAGAAUUAGUAGUUCCUCUAAUAGAGCACCCUAGUGAAAUUUUUCUCUCACAACUUGAAGAAGAUGCAGUUAAACUUAUAAUGAAACAUGAUCAAACAGUAAUUUUGAGUUGUAUAUCUUGUUUAGGAUCUGUCGUGAACAAUGUUACUAGAAACUUUAAACUAAUUAGAGAUUGUUUUGGAAUAUAUUAUAAAUAUUUAGGAAAUUUCCAAAAGCUACAUCAAGAUCAAUGUACAAAUCCUCAAACAUUGAUUCCUCUGCGACCAAUUUUUCGGCGGUCAAUAUACAUUGUUGGUUUAAUGUUGAGAUUUUUUGAUUUUUCUGACAAAGAGGUUUAUGGUGAUACUUAUCCGGAAAAUAUAAGAAACAUUAUUUAUGAUAUGAUGUCAUAUUUUAUGCAUGUAAAUGAAGAAGAUACAAAAUUAUUUGCUUUGAAAGCAAUUGGCUCUAUUUGCAUAAGACAUUAUGAUUUUAUGUUAUCUCAAGAUUUGAUGAAUGUUUAUUUAAAUAUACUCUCCAAUGAUCAUGCUUCGAAUACUAUGAAAAGCCAAAUUUUAAAUAACAUUGAAGUGUACCUAGAAGAAGAAGAAAAACGUAUGAUUAAACAAGAUUUGGAAUGGUCGAAAAUGUCGAAAAAAGAAAAUCUUAAAGAAAUGGGAGAUGUAUCAUCUGGAAUGGCUAGUACAGUAAUUCAGUUGUAUCUUAAAGGAAUAUUAAAUUCUUUUUUACACACUAGUGUACAAGUUCGCCAAGCAGUCCUUAAAGUAAUUCAACUUAUUUUAGCACAAGGACUGGUACAUCCUGUCCAGAUUGUACCUUACUUAAUAUGUAUGAGUACUGAUACAGAAAAAUUAGUUAGUAGCCGAGCAGACAAACAUUUACAAGAAAUUGAAAAGAAAUAUCCUGGAUUUAUCCAUAUGGGUGCUCAAAAUGGUAUAAAGUUAUCUUUUCAACUUCAAAGUAUUGUACAACCUAAUGGUGCAAUGGUUCGUGGUUAUCGUCUGAAAGAAAAUGAUACUAUUCCUAGUGCCUUAAAUGGAUGCCUAUAUUCAAUACUUAGAACAAAACAACAAAGAAGAGCUUUAGUACUGUCAAUUUUGAAACAAUUUGAGGAUCAAGGAAAAACAAAUUUGGCCCAAAUGUUAUAUUUAGCUGACAACUUAGCAUAUUUUCCAUUUCAAUCCCAAGAUGAACCAUUAUUUAUAAUACACCAUAUCAAUACAAUGAUAUCAGUAUAUGGAACAAAUUUGCUUCAAAAUUUUAGAGAAGGCCUUCUUCCAAAUCCUAAUGCUCUACCACAUCAUAAUAAAAUUGAGGGUGCUAUAGAAGACGAAGAUGAUGAAGAUGAAAAUAGUCUUUUAGAAAGAGUACCUGAUGAUAUAACUAAUUUACAAGAAGUGUUAAUAAAGUCCCAAGGUUGCCUUCUACUUUUAGUUCUCAAACAAUAUCUCAAAACAGUGUAUGGAAUAACAGAUUUAAAAAUAACCCAAUAUUCUCCAGCUGAAUCUAGUAAAAUGUAUGAUAAAAAUCUGAGCAGAAAAUCAAAUGCAAAAUUUAAUCCUAAAGCAACUAUUCAAAAACUUCAAAAUGGAUUAGAAAUUAAUGCAACAGAUAUUUACAAGGCUAAACAAGAAUUAAUAUCUCAUUACUUAGAACUUAAACAUUUGAUCAUAAAUCUUGAUCCUGAUGAUGAAGGAACUGAUGAUGCUGGAGGAACACCUAAAGCUCUAAAAGCUGUUCCUUCUACACCUGGCAAUAAUAUCAACUCUUCUAUUCCACAAACACCAACUACUCCUAAUCAUAUGGAUUCAUCUAGUUUAUCAAAUACAUCUCCAGAAUACUAUAAACAAAAUAAUGUGCAAUCAACACCAAAGGUUCCUAAGUUAACGAUUAUACCACCUAAACCACCAUCUUCCAAACAUUCUCAUCACCAUCAUAAAUCACAUAAAUCAAAAAAAGCUGAUCGCCCUAAAAAACAUCAUCAUAAAAGAAAGAAAGCUAAAGGUGGUGGAAGCUCUGAAGAUAGUGACAAUGCAUAUAGUGAUCCAGAUUUCUUAGUGUAAACAGCAAUAUAUUUUAUGCAUCUGAAAAAAGAAAACAAAAUUGAAUUUUUACAAACAUACAAGCCAAAAUACUCAUGUAACAAGGGAAAUAAUCAACUGUGAUCAUUUACUUUAGUGUGGAAGAUAAUAAAAAUAAUAAUAAUGUCUAUAAAUUUAAAUGGGUAAAAUAUUGUACUAUUAUAAAUUAAAAUGUAUCAAACUUAAAAAUUUACUAUGAUGCUAAUUUUUUCCAUUAAAGUAAAUGUUUAAACAAUUUAUA